AUGAGGCAGUCCAAAGCCGAUUUUACCGCCCCCCCUAACACCGAAAAUUUUGCGCUGGACUUCUCAUUUCGUCAAGAGUUAUCCUCUACAUUCGCAAACUCCCAAAUACGUGAUUUCAAACUUGGGCAGUCUGGAAAUCGUAAUGGAAGAGAUUCAUCAUGUCAACUAGGGGAUAACGCUUCAGGAAGAUCGUUUCAUCGAGUUGACAUCCCCGUUGAUAUUUCUUCGUCUCAUGAUCAAUCAGUCGUUUGCGUCGAAAAAGCAAAUACGAACCUUUCUAAUGGUCCCGACUUCAACUUGAGAAGCUCCUUUCAACCUUAUGGUCCAUCUGAUGUUUAUAAUGAAACUUCGGUGGCACGUCAAAUAUAUCAAUCCAGAUUAAGUGGCACGUUAAUAAAAAUCUUUUUUGUCACGAGAUACUUGCGCGAUGCCAACUAUACGCAAAAACGCGAACCAUCUCGGCGAGUUGAAGUUCUCGAAAAUGCUUUUCUCUCUCAUUCCCAAUCCUGUGCAUACAACAAAGAAGUAAUGGGACUCCAAUUCGACAGGCUCUUUGUGAAACCGCCCGAGAAUGUUCCCUCGGUUAAAGAAGCUAACACGAGUCAGAAUAUUUUUAACCAUCCGACCAAUCUUGUUACCUUCGAACUAAUCAAACCUCAUUUUUCCCAAACUCAAACUGUCAAACAUUCAUCAAUUUCAGUUUCUCCUUCGCUACCCCCUUGCCUGCCUGUCUAUCGUCCGUUGGGUAACAUUCCAAACGAGACUACUGGUCCUCCCUCAGUUAAACCUUCCCCACCCGAACUCUUGGACAACAUCCGUGAAUGGGGUCAAGUUACGCGGUGGUUGUAUGUUACCAAUUUUCCGACCAAUCCUGCCCACUGGCGUCUCAUGAGAACAAUGUUCGAGCUCUAUGGUGACGUCCACGAGAUUCUAGCCGGUAAUGGAUUUGCCUAUGUCAUCUAUUAUAGUCUUAGUGAUGCCACAAGAGCACAAGGUUAUCUUCGUAAACAAGAGGCACCUCAUAACCGACGUAGAAUGGAAGUUCGAUACUCAUCUCGAUCUUGCGCCAUUCAUAGAUAUCCAACUAUCACAGCAUUAGAUGAACUGAUAAAUGACGGUUACGUUAGAGUGACUUGGAGAGGUUCAAUCCAACAUAAUGAAGAAAUUUAUAAACGUUUCAAAGAGAUGGGCGAAAUUAAAUCGUACACCAGCGCACAUACUGUAGAGGAAUGUUGCUUGUAUCUCGAGUAUGACGAUACACGCGCUGCCCGCACCGCAAAAGAAACUUUAGACGGGCAAAUUUUCGAGCAUGUGUUUGAUAAGAGUAUCCGUAAAACUACCACGGUUCGGAUCGAAUAUUACGAUUAUGAAUCUCAAACAUGGGAUGCAGUUGCUGACGACUUUAGGCGUCUCAAAGAAUCGCGAAUAAGAAUUCCCCCAGUUCCACGUCGAGUCCCACCAGCCUUUGACUGUCAAUCUCCCGAUUCCGAUUUUAGGCAUUCAACAGAUUCGAAAUUAGAACAUCCUCGUGGUCUUACACGCCGAACCACCGAGGAUUAUGUAAAUUACCAAAGAAAAUAUCACCCUCCAGCCACUAGCACUGUCCGCGCUUCUGGCAACAGAACUAUUCCGGAGGGAAAUUUGUUUGAUCUGGAAAAGGUUAAGAAGGGUCUUGACGAGCGUACUACGUUUAUGAUCCGAAAUAUCCCGAACAAGUACACUCAGGAAAUGUUCUUGGAUUGGCUCAACAAGACUCACAAGGGAAAAUACGAUUUUGCUUAUUUGCGUAUUGACUUUCAGAAUAAGUGCAACGUUGGUUAUGCAUUUAUUAACUUUAUAGACAUAGAAUCCGUGAUUUCUUUUGCUGAAACUCGUGUUGGGAAGAAAUGGCCCAAAUUUAAUUCAGACAAGAUUUGUGAAUUAUCUUAUGCUAGAGUACAGGGUCUCGAUCAACUUAUCAAAAAAUUUGAGAAAUCUGACUUGUUUCGUGAAAGAUCGGAAUAUCAACCCAAACUCUUCUAUACCAAAGGCAGAUUUGCUGGUGAAGAAAUGCCGUUCUCAGUUCUCGGCUGCGAUGAACUUUUAGCGAAGGCGGGUAAAAUAAAGGAUACCACCGAGUGUCUUGAAGGAUUCUAUCCUUGA